UUGGACCUACGUCAUCAUGUUAUAACUUCAUGAAAAAGUCCUUCUUGAAAACGUGCAGCGUCGCCGUGCAAUAGUGGGUCGCGUAGGCAGUGUGCACAGAUAAUACAGCACUGCUAACCUUGGCCCAAGCUCCGCGACGCAGACUGACGUACUGUUAAAGCACGCCCUGGUAUGGCUGGGCCUGGUUGAAGUGCCUGUACCUGUCCCGCGCUGUUGUUCCAAACACCCCCACCACGCCUAUUCACAACAGCAGGCACGGUUCGUCCGUCUCUCCUUCCUUCACUCCUCCUCCCCUCACAAAAGGCGCCGUCUCCCAGGUAAGCUUGCUGCGAUUGAGGCACGGUCCCGCAUAUUUUGCCCUGGUGCCACCUGUUUACUUAACGCCAUUGCGAUCUCCCGCCUGUCCCAAUACCGCUCCGCUACUCCACCACUUCGCUCACUAACCCGCCGCACAGCGCCUGAAUCUCGACUCUCUCGCGCCGAACAUGUCUCUUCCUACGCGGCCAACCCGCGAGGAACCCGAGGCAGUCGACGAACCUUCACAUAACUCACAUCCUGCACUCCAGCCCGCUGUCACCGAUGUUCCUGUAACACCCGGUGUUCACUUGUCAGGUCACUCCGCCUAUACGAACCCUUCAAAUGGUCAGCAGGACAGCACACUACCAUUCGAUCCAGAGAAGGCCACUCCCGGCCCCUCGUGGAGCGCCAAUUCCUACUUCACCCCAAAGGAGGAAGAUCGCGCGUCCUCACCUACCGAAGCUGCAGCGGGCGCGAAGUCUGGAGAGGAAUUGUUGCGACGGCUCAGCGGGGUACAGGACCCCUCCACCGCCUACAAACAAGAUCUGGCCGAUGUCGACCCUCGCGCUGCCCAUCCUGAGCUAAACCUUAGCGGACGUCUCAUCAGCGCAACAUUCGCUGUACCAUACAAUAUUGCCUAUGCCCCAGGGCAGGACUUCGACCUACUGCCCCGACGCGGCACGUCUGCACUCUUCGAUUCCUUCUCUUACCUUGCAUCGUCUUCAUCUCCAUGGAACCAUACCCUUGUUGGGUGGACAGGAGAGAUUCGCAAGAAGACCACUGAGGAAGUCGAUGCUGCGCUUCAACCAUCAGGCAACAAGGCUGCUGCUCCCGUGCCAAUCGAUGGGGCGCCCCCUCCGGCUCCCCCACAGGAGCAGGGCCUGCGAAUCGGCCGCGAAGACCGUAAUCGUCUGGAGAAGCAGCUGGAGCGCGAUCAUGGGGGCAAGAUCGUUCCCGUUUGGCUACCUGAUGAAGUGGACGAGAAGAACGAUGAGGUGGUUCUGAAAGACCAGGGCCGGUGGCGCACCUAUGCUGAACACGAGCUGUACACCCUGUGCCACUACAAGCAGAAUGAGCCCGCAGACGGAAGGGCUGCUCGCAAAUCAUGGGCCGACUACUACCGCAUGAAUAAGCUUUAUGCGGACCGUAUUCUGGAACUGUACAAUCCAGGCGACAUCGUUAUUGUUCACGAUUUCUACCUAUUCCUUCUCCCCAGCCUUCUUCGCCAGCGCCUCCCCAACAUCUAUGUUGGUUUCUUCCUUCAUGUACCGUUCCCCAGCAGCGAGUUCUACCGCUGUCUCAGCCGAAGAAAGGAGAUUCUCGAAGGUGUGUUGGGCGCCAACAUGAUCGGUUUCCAGUCUUACAGCUACUCGCGGCACUUUUCGUCAUGCUGCACACGCAUCCUUGGUUUCGACUCUUCAUCAGCAGGUGUCGAUGCAUAUGGAGCUCACGUUGCCGUAGACGUAUUUCCUAUCGGCAUCAACGCAGCCUCCACACAGAAGCAGGCUUUCGAGGACCCGGUCAUCGAAGAGAAAAUCAAAGCCAUUAAAGAUAUGUAUCCGGAUAAGAAGAUAAUCAUUGGUCGAGACAGGCUGGAUGCGGCCCGAGGCGUGCUGCAGAAGCUGCAAGCCUUUGAACUUUUCCUCGAACGAUACCCAGAAUGGCGUGGAAAAGUUGUCCUUGUACAAGUGACGAGUCCCAGCAGCAUCCACGCUGACAAGAAAGCCAACGACGACGAGAAGAUGAUGAACAAACUCUCAGACCUCGUGGCUAGAAUCAACGGCGUCUAUGGUUCGCUCAGCUUUACGCCAGUAAGGCACUUUCCUCAAUAUCUGGAGCGGGAAGAGUACUUUGCUCUACUCCGUCUUGCCGAUGUUGGCUUGAUCACCAGCGUGCGAGAUGGCAUGAACACGACCAGCCUCGAAUACAUCAUCUCCCAAAAAGACAACUGCGGUCCGUUGAUUCUGUCCGAAUUUUCUGGAACCGCAGGCUCCCUCAGUGGCGCAAUCCACAUCAAUCCUUUCGACUUCAGCGGCGUCGCGGAGGCGAUCAACAAUGCCUUGACAAUGCCAUUGGAGCAGCGUAAGCAGGACUACCAGAAGCUGUACAAGCAUGUCGUCUCGAACAAUGUUCAGGCGUGGUGCAACAACUUCUUGAAGAGACUAAUGACCAACUUAUCGUCCUUUGACCAGUCUUUUGCAACACCAGCGCUCGACAGGGCCAAGCUGCUCCAACAAUAUCGGAACUCCAAGAAGCGGCUCUUCAUGUUCGAUUAUGAUGGUACACUCACUCCCAUCGUCAAAGACCCUGGUCAGGCGAUACCUUCGGACCGUGUGACCCGUACGCUUAAAACGCUUGCAGCCGAUCCAGCCAACAGUGUUUGGAUCAUCAGUGGCAGAGACCAAGCCUUCCUGGACGAGUGGAUGGGUCACAUAACUGAGCUGGGUCUGAGUGCCGAGCACGGAAGCUUCAUGCGCCAUCCUGCUACAAACGACUGGGAGAAUCUCACCGAGACAACAGACAUGAGCUGGCGAUCGGAGGCGGCAGAGGUCUUCCAGCACUACGCCGAUAAGACUCCAGGGUCGUUUGUUGAAACUAAGAAGAUUGCUCUUACCUGGCAUUAUCGGCUCGCAGAUCCAGAGUGGGGUGCCUUCCAAGCGCGAGAGUGCCAGAAGCAUCUCGAGAACACGAUUGGCAAGAAGUACGACGUGGAGGUGAUGACUGGCAAAGCCAACCUUGAAGUCCGCCCACGAUUCGUCAACAAGGGCGAGAUUGCAAAGAGACUUGUGGAAGAGUAUGGCGCAGAGCCUCCCGAGUUCGUACUCUGCCUCGGAGAUGAUUUUACAGACGAAGACAUGUUCCGGUCGCUGCGGCAAUCGGAGCUACCGGAAGACCACGUCUUCUCCGUCACUGUGGGUGCCAGUUCUAAACAGACAUUGGCAAGCUGGCAUCUCCUCGAGCCAUCCGACGUCAUCUCUUGCAUCUCUCUGCUUAACGGGUCGGCAGACGCGGGCAACGUUGGCGCGAUUGCGGUCGUCGACGGCGGUCCUGUGCCUGAAGCUAGGAUCUGAGGAUACAGCACCUCAUUGCACUUGCAUUUUCAGUUACCAAAUCAUGAGCAUGAACAGAGCAUAUGCCAUGACGUUCGAAGCAUCCGUCACGGCGUCUAGGCGAUACAUAUAAGGUUGAAGCACGAGGGCAUGGAAUCUCACUGACUCGGGGGCCAAGAAACAAACACGGCUGCGGGGGGAGUUUGCCAUGCCAGCCACAUAAUUAUAGAACACCCUGAAAUGCAUCGUGUUCCAAGGACGUUGUUCGCGUAACCAAGGUGGCGUUGUGUGAUGCGCAUUGACCGAGGUGUGUUUAU